AGCUCUCGACGGCAGCCCUGUUCACCCCGUCUUUCGGCAACGACCAAGACCUCAGACCUCUGACUGACCGGGAUCAGCCGGUUCCGGCGAGGAACAGAGGAGCAGCCGAGGGCCACCUUGCUGCAGCGAAACGGGCCCAUUUUCCCAGACCCGAGAGCCUCGUAUCCAACCCGCGUCACUCUUUUUCUCCAUUUCGUGAACACUGGAAAAGAUUAAGAGGAGUCGAGCCUUCUCGCAAUCUCGCGUGCAUUCACCAUCAUUCCCGGCAAUGGGUGGAAGUUGAUUUAAAUACCAUAGUAAAAUCUUUGGGCCGAUGGCUUGCGUCCACUUGAACGCGGUGGCUCAUCCUCUCCGCCCAUUCCUCCGCCGGCAAACAUCGCUUCAACACUCAGGUCAAUUCUGCCGUCUCCUCACCUCCACGGGCCUCAAUACCUUACCCCCCAAUCGCCAUGAACGUCCGGUUCAGCCGGUUUUUGCGCAGCCUCGACGAAGUUUCUCUUCAAAGGCGAAAGAAGCAGCAGUAGCAUCUCCUGCUGAUUUGCUAUUCAAGUCGCCAUUAAAAAUAGUGGAGUAUCCUGACCCUAUAUUGAGAGCCAAGAACAAACGAGUUAACACGUUUGAUGAGAGCUUGAAAAACCUUGUGGCGGAGAUGUUUGAUGGAUGUGAUCAAAUACUUGUUGGCUUCCUUUUGCACAGAACGGAUGGCGUUGGGCUCUCGGCACCCCAAGUUGGAAUUAACGUCGAGCUAAUGGUCUUCAAUCCAGUCGGUGAACGUGGUGAAGGAGAGGAGAUUGUUCUUGUAAAUCCACAAAUCAAGAGAUUUUCCAGAAAGAUUGUGCCUUUUGACGAGGGCUGUUUAUCCUUCCCUGGAAUUUACGCUGAUGUUGAGAGACCAGAUGCAUUGCAAGUGGCUGCACAGGAUAUAACUGGUGGAAGGUUUGAAGUUAACUUGACCGGGCUUCAUGCACGGGUGUUUCAACACGAAUAUGAUCAUCUGCAGGCCUUGGAAAAGAAAUAUGAGGAGAAAACUGGAUUGCCAAGUCCUGAAAGAAUUGACAAGCGAAGAAGAAAGAAGAAAGCUGUUGGGUUUGGAAAACCAUGAUUUUACAUAUGUAUACUAUCCCAUACUCAAAUUUGAAUAGCAGUCAACUGGUUUAGACUUCCAACACAGAUUAGAGGCUGGAAAUCAAUCCCUUCCAGUCUUUCCCUGAACCGUUGCAUGUAUAAAUUUUUCAUUUUCCUUUUUGAUGAACUAUCAAUUUUGCAAAUGUGUUGGUCUUAAUGGUUGUCAUUCCAUCGUUAAUUUUAUGAGAACUCUGUAAUGAUACAUGUGGUGCUUAAUUUUGGUGUCAUGAUUGAUACUUUAAGGUGUUUUAUUUAUUGUAUGCACUUUUAUGGAUCCACAAUUGAUG